AUGUUUCCAAAACUACUUCGACCAGCCAACAUAUCUAAUUUGAUGCUGUUUAGUUGUAAAUAUCGUCAUUUAUUUUUAAAUGAUCGAUUGAAAUCAACUAUUUUUACUCGUUUACAUGACAUUCGUCAAUAUUCAGCCUAUCCUGAACCAAAAGAUAUACCUAAAAGUUCUUCUCACAUGGGUAGAACAUUUACUGAAGAUAUGAUUGAUCCAAAUAUGAUCGCAGCUAUCAAUAAAGCACAAGAAAAACUUUCUUCAACAAUACAAUUAUUAAAAAAGGAAAAAACAACGACGACGCCAUUGUCUUCGGCGACAAAUACUAAUAAUGAGCUGGGUGAACUUGUUUAUAGUGGAAGUUUAGAUCGUCCAUUAAUGAUCGCUAAAUCACUAUCACUAUCAUCUAGCAUUGGUGGUCUAUGUAUCUAUCCGGCAGUAUUCUUCAAUUCAGAUCUACUGGCUGCUGAUAAUAAAGUAAUUAUUAUUUCCUUUUCAAUUAUAACGGGUUUGUUUAUAUUUAUUACGCCAGUAUUAAUGCAAUUAAUAUCAAAACGUUAUUUAAUACAAAUAUAUUAUAAUUCAAUUAAAAAUCAAUUUACAGCUUAUUAUAAAAACUUUUUUCUCAUACGUCGUAAAAUAGUAUUCACACCUGAUGAUGUUAAAGUGCCACCAGUAACCGGUAUAUUUACAACAUGUCUAAUUAAACAAAAACCCUAUUUUAUUAAUAAUGAAGAUUUUAAAGAUAAAGAUAUUCUAAAGAAAAUGUUAGGCUAUGACAAACCUUUUGAUUUUAGUCCAUAUAUGAAAGCGAAAGAACAUGAAAAUGAUAUAUCACAAGAAAAAACACAUAUAGACGCAUUUGAUAUGGAACAAAAUAAGAAGAAAAACAAAGAAUAA